AUGACAUCGUUAGAGACUUUAAUUCUUUCCUCUUGCAAGAGUCUUAAAAUGCUCCCAGAAGUCUCCCCGUGUAUGGAGAAGUUAUCAAAAAUAUAUCUUGAUCAAUGUGGUCAGAUAGAGGAACUGCCACCGUCAAUUACAAGUUUGUCUGGGCUAUCGUUAUUGAAUCUGACAAACUGUACGAACCUCAAGAACAUUCCAAACUCUAUAUGUGAGUUAAAAAAUCUCAAGAGCCUUCAUCUUCACAACUGUGGGAAACUGCAAAAAGUGCCAGAGGACUUCAAAAGCAUGCAAAACUUAGAAGAGCUUUUGCUAGGACUCUCUGAGAUGUGGGACUAUGAAAGGCUGCCAGAUUUCAUCGGUUUUCAUACUGUGAAAAGUUUGUUUUGCUUGAAAAAAUUAGAUCUCAGUUGGAGACAAAUUGAAGAAAAAGACUUCCCUCAAAAUCUUCAUGCAUUUUCCCACUUGGAAGAGUUACAUCUGAGUGGAAACUCGAGAUUAACUCAAUUGCCUGCUGGCAUCUCUGAUCUUCCUCGUCUUAAACUUUUAGAGUUGAAUAAGUGUGACAAGCUUCAAAAUCUGCAUUCUUUACCAUCAGGAAUACAAGUAUUGAAGGCACGAGGUUGCAGAUCACUGGAAAAGAUUGGAGAUUUAACAAAAGAGUAUGAGUGGCUAUAUAAGAUAUGGCUCCUAGACUGCCACAAACUACUAGAGUGUCAAGAGACUGAAGGACACCUUGAUAAGAUGUUGCACCAAUCUUUUCUUAAGAAGUGUGCUGCAGUAAAUCAUCGAUUAAGUAUUGCUAUUCCUGGAACAAAUAUGCCAAGCUGGUUGAAAGAAGAAUGGUAUGGGUGCAGUAUAGUGUUGAAGUUACCCCCCAAAUGUCAUACCCAAAUAAUGGGGUUUGCAGUAUGUGGUGUUUUUCAUGGGAGCUGGCAGUCGAAACAUGCCUCUCCACGGAUCAUCUUUAAAAUUGUUAAUGAUGAAAAAGCCAUUCCCAUACAAAAGGUUGUUUCUGUUAGUGCAUCUGCAGCAGCUGAUAAUGGGAAUGUAUGGAUCAGCUAUAUACCAUUCGAUUUCUUUCAGCAGAUGUAUCAUGACUUUCAACCUGAGGAUUGGUCGCAUAUCGAAGGUACUCUUGUCAUGACUCUUAUGACAACAGACAAUAAUAAAUCUGUAAGAUGUGCAGCCCAAAUAGUGUACAGAGAAGAUUUGGAAAACCUCCAACCUAUGACAACAUGUAUAUCUGAUUAUGGGAACUUGGUGCAAGUUAGUGGUAACGAUUGUCAGAAGCAUCUCGACUAUGAUAGGAGAGUCUCUGGAAAUACUUACGUUUCUCAAGAAAAGUCUGAUGAAAAGAAUUCAAACCAGAUCCCUGUAAGAUCUGGAACAUCCCGAAGUCCCUUCAUGUAUGACAUAUCAGCCAUCCUUUGCAAGUAGACCUUUUUAAGGAUCUAGAGGUCUGGCGAUAUAAUCAGCUUAAUGAACUACUGGGAAAAGAGAACGGUCUAGAUGUUUUGGGUUCAAGUUUUCGUACCUGAUGGAAUACUACAAUCCAAAUACUACAGUUGUAUUGCUUUUUGCUACGUGUUGGUGGCUGCAACAUAGAUGCUAUUCAUUCUUUUGGUAUUGUAUGGCUCUUUCAAUUGAAUUUCUUUUUCAGUCAUAGUUGGCGUUUGCUUUCAUUUCAUGUAUUGGAUUGCAUUCCUAGGUUUACUCUUAUACACUUGGGAUCAAAGUUUGGUUUUCCUUUGGAUUGUACAUGAUAUAUCUUUACUAUCUAACUAGAUU